AUGCGAUCGUUCCUAGCGGUCACCGUGGUGUGCCUGCUGGCCUGCACCGCCAGCGGCUACUACAUGACCAAGGAGGUCAAGUACGCCGACAAGCCGUUCCUGGAGAAGCAGAAGGCCAUCCUGGAGAUCUUCCAGCACGUGCACCAGCCGGAACUGCACACGCACCUGUGGGAGGAGCAGAAGACGUUCGAUCUGGCCGCGUACAAGGAGCACUUCACCAAGCCGCAGGUCGUCGACGAGUUCAUGCGCUUCUACAAGUACGGUCUACUGCCGAUGGAGGAGAUCUUCUCGGUGUACAAUGAGUACCAUCGCGAGCAGGCCGUCGCUCUGUUCCAUGUGUUCUACUACGCCAAGGACUGGGAUGCGUUCUACAAGACGAUGCUGUGGUCGCGCUUCCACGUGAACGAAGGCAUGUUCGUGUACGCCGUCACUGUGGCCGUGCUACAUCGCCAGGACAUGCAGGGCAUCGUUCUGCCGGCACCGUACGAGAUCUAUCCGUUCUACUUCUUCAACGACGUGGUGAUCAGCAAGGCCCAGCGCUACAAGAUGCAGGGCUUCUAUCGCAUGAAGAAGGCGGACGGUGUGUACAGUGCGUACGUACCGAGCAACUACACCGGCUACUACGUCCACAGCAACCCGGAGCAGCGCGUCAGCUACUUCAUGGAGGACAUUGGUCUGAAUUCCUACUACUACUACUUCCACGCCGACUACCCGACGUGGAUGGGUGGCGAAGAGUUUGGCCUGUACAAGGACCGCCGCGGCGAGUUCUACCUGUACCAGCACCAGCAGUUCCUGGCCCGCUACUACCUCGAGCGCCUGUCGAACGAUCUCGGCACGAUCCCCACCUUCUCGUGGUACGAACCGGUCACCACCGGAUACUACCCGUACCUGCGCUACUACAACGGCGUCCCGUUCCCGGCCCGCGAGAACCACCACAACGCGUACGCGGAUAAGCACGAGAUCGUCCAGGAGAUCACCGACUACGAGCGCCGCCUGAUGGAAGCGAUCGACUACGGGUUCAUCAUCCUGCCCGACGGAACGUUCGUGAACAUCACCACCCCGACCGGCGUCGAGUACCUCGGCAACCUGAUCCAGUCGAACGGCGAUAGCGUGAACCGUCGCUUCUACGGCUACCUGGAGAAGGUGGCCAAGUUCUUCCUCGGUGGUUCGUUCGAGAUGUUCAACGAGUUCCGCGCGGUCCCGAGCGUGCUCGAGCGAUACGAGACGGCGAUGCGCGACCCGGUGUUCUAUCAGUUCUUCAAGCGCAUCAUCGGCUUCUACUACCGCUAUCUGGACACGCUGCCGAGCUACAAGUACGACGAGAUUAACUUCCCCGGCGUGAAGCUGAGCGUGGUCGAGAUGGACAAGCUGGUGACGUACUUCGAUAACUUCGACGCCGACAUCACCAACGCCGUCGAUGUGGAGGUGUUCGACGACACCACGAUGAAGGCGGGCGAGAUGAAGAAGUUCGGCAAGAUGGCCCACUAUCAGGGUGAGGACUUCGUGCUGUACGCGCGCAUGCCCCGCCUGAACCACCUUCCCUUCACGUUCAAGCUGAACGUUGUCUCCGACAAGCCGCAGAAGGCGGUCGUGACGGUGUUCAUCGGGCCGAAGUACGAUCAGUACGGUAACGUGUACAGCAUCAACGCCAACCGGGAGAACUUCUUCCAGCUGGACCACUUCCUGGUCGACCUGGUGUCCGGCGACAACGUGGUCACGCGCAACUCGAAGGACUUCAGCUGGUUCGUCAAGGACCGUACCACCUACUUCGAGCUGUACAAGCAGGUCAUGCAGGCGUUCGGCAGCGAGGAGUACAAGUUCCCGCUCGAUAUGACCGAGGCGCACUGCGGCUUCCCGGCCCGUCUGAUGCUGCCGAAGGGUAAGAAGGGUGGCAUGCCGUUCCAGUUCUUCUUCAUGGUUGCCCCGUACCACGCGCCCAAGGUUGAACGCUUCACCGGCUACGAGUCGACCAUUUCCUGCGGUGUUGGAUCCGGUGCCCGCUAUCUGGACACCUUGCCGUUCGGCUAUCCGUUCGAUCGCAAGAUUAACGAAGCAGUCUGGUUCACGCCCAACAUGGCGUACUACGAUGCGGUAAUCUACCACAAGAGUGAAACCGAGGUUAACUCGGUCGUCGUUUAG